CGGCUCAGAGGAGUGCUGCGGCCACCAUGGGGGCCAGGCUGCCCCUCUUCCUCCUCCUGACCCUCCUGGGCAGCGCCCAAGGAGCAGGGCCGGGCAUGGCUUUGCGGCUGAAGCUGAAGGAUUCCUUUCUGGCAAAUCCGUCCGAUGACUCGAGCUUCCUGGAGCUGCUCCAGAAGCUCUGCCUCCUGCUCCGCCUCCCGCCAGGGACCCGCAUGACCCCCCGCCAGGCAGGACCCCACCACGCCACCUGCGCAGGCUGA